CGCAGUCGGGCGGGUCGUUUGGCGGGAGCGAUGGCGGCCGCGGCCGGCGGUGACUCGGACGGCGAUAGCGAGGAGCUGGUGCUCACCCCAGCGCAGCUGAUCCACAGCCUAGAGCAGGCCUGGCUGAAUGAGAAAUUUGCUCCAGAACUGCUAGAGAGUAAACCUGAAGUCAUCGAGUGUGUAGUGGAGCAGCUGGACCACAUGGAAGCAAACCUGAAACGGGGAAAGAGAGGAGACCUGAGGGUCAGUGUUCACCACAUGGAGAUCGAAAGGAUCCGCUAUGUGCUCAGCAGCUACUUGCGGUGUCGGUUGGUGAAGAUAGAGAAGUUUUUUCCCCACAUCCUGGAGAAGGAGAAGUCUCGAGCUGAAGGGGAGCCCUCCAUUUUAUCACCAGAGGAGUUUGCUUUUGCUAAAGAGUAUAUGGCAAACACAGAGUCUUACCUGAAAAAUGUGGCCCUAAAACACAUGCCACCUAACCUGCAGAAAGUGUCUCUCCUAAAGUCAGUUCCAAAGCCCAACCUGGACUCCUUUGUGUUUCUGAGGGUGCUGGAGCGGCAGGAGAACAUCCUGGUGGAGCCAGAGACAGAUGAGCAGAGGGAAUAUGCCAUCAACCUGGAGGAGGGAUCACAGCACCUGAUGCGCUACAGAACCGUGGCCCCUCUUGUGGCCUCAGGAGCCGUGCAGCUCAUCUGAGGGGAGAGAGUGCCUUUGGUGCAGCUCAUCUCUGGAGCUCGGCAGCUGGCACAUGGCCAUGUCUUCACAGGCUAGGCAGGAGAGUGGAGAUGGCUAGUAGGCUGAGAUCAGGUAGGCUCCAAGUUGUGGCACACCUGAAAAUGCUACCUGCUUUUGUGUCCUUCCAUGACUGAAUACUGGGACAUCUGUGGAACUGCUAACACUGCACCCUGUUCUGUCUGUGCUGGGGGAAGAGGUGUCCACAACUUUAUUGAGAAAAUAAUGGUUUUGGCUUGUACUUUUAGACAGGGAAGACACAGCAGUGGAUCCACCUUCAUCUGUGCUGCUGGGAGAGAAUGGGUAGCUUUUCCAGUGUCCAUGGGUUUUGCUGUUAAACUUGGGGUCAAAUAAAUUCCUUGUUCUCUGCUCCUCUCUGGGUGGAAAUAGCUUGGGUUUAUUUAGUGAUUAGCUCUGAACGCAAAGUAGAUGGAUGGUGGAAGAGGUCACGGAGAGGGCACUGAGAUGAGCUGCAAUUUCCCUGCCUGAGCUGGAACUGCUCUUGUGGGGGCCAGAGCAAGGUGGGACAGUUGGUUUCAUUGCUAAGACUCAUGUUUGUAUCGGCUACUCCCAGUCGCUGAAUUGGGGGGGUUUGCACUGUCAGUCUGAAACAAUGUGUUUAAAGGAUGUUUUUGGAUCCUGUUUUUGCCAGCUGGGCACUGGGUUCAAGCUCAGUUUGGCCAUCCUGUGGGAGAUGUCUUGCACUGUGCUGCAGACAUUCAGACAUGGUGGGGAUGGAGAGGUAUGUAGAAAUAUUGAUAGGUCAGUCAGGUGUGUCAUGAGCUGAUGGAAAUCUGUGCUAUCAGCAGGAACAAUCAAGGCUGCUUAACAUAAAUGGCUAGACAGCUCUGGGGAGAUUAGCAAGGAAUACAAGGCAGGGGUGAUCUGAUUGAGGUGACAGUCUUUACUGUCAAGGAGUCACAUGUGAGCUGAACAGUGAGGAUGAUUUCAAAUAUAGAUGUUAGGGACCCCACAUCCCUGUGGUGCUUGGCUGUGAGCAAAUUUCCUUCUCAGUGCACACAUCUAGGACAGGAAGCUUCUGAGCUGGUAGAGGAUGAGCCGAGGGUCUGUGGUUUUCUCUGCUUAGACACCCUGGAAAUAGCUGUCUUUGGAGAAGCAUCCGAAAAGAGAUGUAUCAAACCAGUUCAAACUUCCCCCAUUAAAGGCUAGGUAAGAGGAGCGUGCUCUUCUUUCUCCCAGA